AUGUCACUGCACCCUGAUGAAGACGAGCUCGAGGAAGAAUACGACGUAGAAUGUAUUCUGGCGGAGAAGUGGCAGGACGCCUGGGAUGUGCAUCCGUUCGGCGCGGCUACGAAGUACUUGACCAAAUGGGAAAAUUAUCCACUUGAGGAGUAG